AUGUUGCCCAACAGGAUAGGAUCUUUGCAUAUCCUAAAACCACUCUCCAAAUGCCCAAGUCUCGUUCGCUUCAAAAACUAUAAAGGCGAUCUUGCUGAAGACCGAUGGCCAACAGGAUUAACACCGGAAGCCAGGCCAUUUCGCAGUACAUGGAGACACCCAGACAAGAACUACUCUGUGCCAUUUACAGUGUACAAUGUUCCAAACAAUUCCGAGGCAUUUGUCAGAUGGCCAACACUCAGGAAUUUCAUGCCAGCACUGAAUCCGCGAGCAUGGAGAACAGUCAAAGCCGGGGGAUCCAUUGGUUCUAAACUCGAAACAGUCCAACCUGGGUCAACCCGUGAUGCCAGAUUAGAGAAACAACUAGCAUUGAUGCCUUACAUGUAUAAUGACCUUGGUGUGUUGGUUUACGAUGGUCCAACUGAGAAACAGUUGCAGACCAUAGGCUAUAUGCUCAAGAGAAUCGUGAAACAUGAGGGCAGACUGCAGAUCCGUGCAUGGCACGCGACUGAGAAAAAAGUGCGCUUCGAUAAAUGGAACGUAUACCGGUUGUCGGUAAAUGAGAGGGAUCAUCUUGACAGACUUUGGAAGAAGAGAGGUUUCUUGCUCCCGAGUGGCCUCGAUGAGCUUACUGACGUGGCGCUAAAUAAAUGGCGAGAUGACUGGAAGGUUCGAAGGGAGGCCGAAGGGAAAGGCGGUCGUUUACCAGUCAGGUUUUCUAAAUACAGCAAGGAGAUGUGGCUCCUGAAUAGCAAAGACGGCAUGGGCUUGAUUAAUGAAACCAUCAACGGACCCCGUCUCACUUCAGUCGAUGCCUACGUCGCCACAGCAGUUUAUAAAAGCCGCAUUCAUAUGAACAUCGAGCUUCACGCUGUAGGUACAAAGCGUUUCCUCGGCUGUGCAAGCCUCCUACUUGAGCCCAGCGUCGACAACGAUGUCCGAGAAAAGAGAUCGGAGGAGGCCAAGGAAAUGGACAAUGCCAGCCCCGAUGAUACCAAAUCACAAAUGCAAACGCGCAAGCAAGAAAGGGAAGAUGUGCGUCGUAAUCUGCAGAAGAUUUACUAUAUCGAGGCACCAAGCUCGAUGGAGCGACAGGAGCCUAUCGUUCAGGACAUGACCAGGAAGCUGUGGAGGCUUGAGCGAUUGAUUUGGAAGGAUAGAGAAGAUGCUAUGAGGAAGGAGAUGAACGAGAAGAAGAGGCGUGAAUGGGAAGCACAAAAGGCUUUGAGGAAGUCUAUCAGGGCCCAGGUGAAGGCAGACAUGGAAGGAAAUGAAAUGCCUUCGGAGAAGAAAGAGAAAUCUGAAGAACAGAGCCAGAGAGACGACGAUGUCGCUGAGGGUUUGCGUGGCGAAAAGUCUACUUGA